AUGGAAAUAGUUGAUGCUAGCUUCCUCGGGAACGGUACCAAUAUUACUGCUUUCCUGUGCAAUAUCAUCUUGGAAAAUGACACUUUUUUCUGUGUGGAUGAUCCACCUUAUCCUUCUAAAGAUUUGCAUCAGAUAAUUCGGAUUCUGCUGUAUUGUUUGAUAUUUCUGCUCAGCGUUUUGGGGAACAUUCUAGUAAUUACAGUGCUGAUAAGAAACAAGCGGAUGAGAACAGUCACCAAUACAUUUCUGUUGUCGCUAGCAGUCAGCGACCUGAUGCUCUGCCUUUUCUGCAUGCCGUUCACCCUCAUUCCCAACCUGUUGAAAGAUUUUAUUUUUGGAAGCGCUGUUUGCAAAACUGCCACUUAUUUCAUGGGUGUCUCUGUAAGUGUAUCUACAUUCAACCUGGUUGCCAUAUCUCUGGAGAGAUACAGUGCCAUUUGCAAACCUCUGCAGUCCAGGGUCUGGCAGACAAAAUCUCAUGCCUUGAAAGUGAUUGCUACUACCUGGUGUGUCUCCUUUACUAUCAUGUCACCAUACCCAAUUUACAGCAAACUGGUACCUUUUACCAAGUACAACAACACCACAGCAAAUAUGUGUCGGCUCCUUUGGCCAAGUGAUGUCAUUCAGCAGUCGUGGUACACUUUCCUGCUACUCAUGCUCUUUCUUAUACCUGGGAUUAUAAUGAUGGUUGCGUAUGGCCUAAUUUCUUUGGAACUCUACAGAGGAAUAAAAUUUGAUGCCAGCCAGAGAAAAUCUUCACGAGAAAGAAAAAGAAGUACCUGCAGUGCCAAAUAUGAGGAUGGAGAUGGAUGCUACCUCAACAAAACCAAAAGAAAAAGGAAAAUGCCAUUGCAACAGCUCUCUGCUACUAGCCAUAGCAAAAUAGACAGGGUGAGAAGCAGCAGCUCUUCUGCCAACUUAAUGGCCAAGAAACUCGUCAUCCGCAUGUUGAUGGUGAUAGUGAUUUUGUUUUUCCUUUGCUGGACUCCCAUCUUCAGCGUCAAUGCCUGGCGCGCGUUUGACACCUCUUCGGCAGACCAGCAUCUCUCAGGAGCUCCUAUCUCCUUUAUCCACUUGUUGUCCUACACUUCUGCCUGUGUGAACCCUAUCAUAUACUGCUUUAUGAACAAGCGUUUCCGCAUGGGUUUUCUGGACACUUUCACCUGCUGUGCCAAGCAAAAGCCCCCUGCAAUACGGGGAGAGGUUGGUGAUGAAGAGGAGGGGAAGACCACAGGGGCUUCACUCUCCAAAUGUUCUUACAUGCACAUGAAUGCAUCUGCACCCCCCUGA